GGAAGUUAUUGAAUUUUAAUCGCCUAUGGAUUUUUUUUUUUUGAAAACCCUAGCUCGUGAUGGAGAAUCAUAGGCGAUUCAUCAUCUCUUCUUUUUCCCUUGUUAAUUGAUAAAUAUAUUCUUAUUGAUUACUUAUGGGAUUAAUCCGGCCACCGUUAUUUUGUCUUCCUUAUGGGAUUCGUGUAAGGUUCUAAGACUUACUCGCAAUAUGAGAUUACAAUCAGGUUCUUCAAAAUCUUCUGUUGAUGAAUUGCGAGAAUUCUCAGAGUGGAUACUAAGCAUAUGAGAUGGAAAGGCUGGGGGUCCUAAUGAUGGUGAAGCCGUUAUCGAAAUUGCAAAAGAUAUUUUUGUAGAUAUUAGGACCGAUCCAAUUUCAGCAAUUGUUGAUAGCACAUACCCAGACCUACAUGAGCAUAUUUGGGAAGCUAAAUAUUUCCAAGAAAUAACUAUUUUGGCCCCAACAAAUGAGAUAGUACUGGAGAUAGUAAAUGAUCAUGUUCUAUCUACCAUUCCAGGAGAAGAGAAAAUCUAUUUGAGUUCGGAGGCAAUAAGCAAAGAGGAAGGAAACUUUGAGUCCAUGAAAUAUACUCCGCUGAAUUCCUCAAUACAAUAAGAUGCUCAGGUCUCCCAAAUCAUAGCAUACGAUUAAAGGUCGGUGCGCCAAUUAUGCUUCUAAGGAAUAUUGAUCAAACAUCUUGAUUAUGUAAUGGCACGAGGUUAGUCAUAAAUCAUUUAGGAAAUCGUGUUAUUGAAGCUAUUGUUAUUCCCGGAAGCAAUGUGGGAGCAAAAGUAUUUAUCCCAAGAAUGACAUUGACCUCGUCGGACUCCACCAAAUUUUCUAUCAGAUUUCAGAGACAUCAAUUUUCUUUAAUGGUUUGUUUUGCUAUGACUAUAAAUAAAAGUAAAGGACAAUAUUUGUCUUAUGUAGGCCUGGAUCUCCCGAGACCUGUUUUCAGCCAUGGUCAAUUUUAUGUUAUUUCCAGAGUUAUGAGCAAAACAGGUCUCAAGAUCCUUCCUUUUGAUAAAGAACACAGUGUGCGUACAAGUACAACAAAUGUAGUUUAUCAGAAAGUGUUUGCAAACAUAUAGAUUGAGUUAAAAAAGGUUAUAUAUGUAAUUAACGUUCUUUAUCACUCAUAUAUGAUGAUUUUAUGAUGUGUUAUUUGCAUCAUUUUUAUUCUUGGUUAUUCCUUAAUUAUGUUAUAAAGCAAUAAAUACACCAUGCAUUAUGCACGAGUCCUAAAACUAGUCUUAUACAAGGUUGUUCUAUACUACUAUUAUUAAAUUAACAUAUAUUUUUGAAUGUUUAUGUUUUUUCAAUGGAAAAUGUUAAUAGUUGUAAUUUAGAUUUUCUAUUUUCUUAUUUUCGAUAAGAUCAUACAAACACUUAUCUACAACAACAUAUUUACUAUAUUAUGCCUAAAGUUUGAACGAGAAGUUCGGUUUAAAUAAUUUUACUAAUCACUCUAAUUUUACAAAGAUAAGUUUAAUAAAUGCAUGAUCCACUAUAAAUCUUAUUAUGAAUUAAUUUGGGGAAUUAUCUAACUACAUCUCUCCAAACAUAGUAUCUAAUAUCCUCAUAGCUAAACGUAGUAAAUUGAAAUGAAUGAAUCUCAUCAUGUCCACUAAUACAUACCCUGCUUAGCUUCAAUCCUUUGCAAUCCACUUAUUCUCCUAUAAUAAAUGAGCCUUAAAAUAACAUAGCAAAGAUAAAGGACAAAAACACAAUUUUAGGGAAUACCCAGCGAAAAUCAUUGGCUUGACAAAAGAUGCGUUGGAUCAUCCUUUUAUAUAUGUUCAUCAUAACUUCAUCUCUAUAUAAACAUAACUUCCCCAUCAUCCUCAAGCACCAUAGAGCCUUCUGGGGCUUGUACAUUAUUGAUAAACAAAAAGGAAACUAAGCCCCAACAGCUCUACCAAAAAAAAAAGAUCAAAAAAAGAAAGAAUAAACACAUCCCACCAUUAUAUAAUAUAACUUGCCUUAAAACCAAAAAAAAGAAAAAAAGAAAAAAAUGGGCAAAAGCCCUAUUGUUAUUGCUGUAUCAGCAAUAUGUGUGGUAGCAUGCGUGGCAGCCGUGACAGUUGGGGUGACAAAGUUCGGACAUAGUAAUGGGUCGGGUGAUAAAGGUGCUGGCGAAAAUAAGAUAGCUGCAGGGACAAAGGCAAUACAAAGCAUUUGCCAACCAACGCGAUACAAGCAAGCUUGUGAAAGCACCUUAACCAACUCAGGAGGAAACACGAAUGAUCCAAAGGAGUUGGUGAAGACAGCAUUCAGGGUAGCCAAGGAAGAAGUAGCGAAAGCGUUAGAGAAAUCGAAAACAAUCCAGGCUGCUAAGGAUGAUCCACGCGCAGCUGAAGGUAUAGAGAUAUGCAGGGAAGUUGUUGGUUAUGCCAUAAACGACCUUGAGAGGACCGUGGAGUCAGUGGGUGCUUUUAGCAUGGACAACAUCGAUGACUUUCUUGAAGAUCUUAGGGUUUGGAUAGGUGGUGCCAUCACUUAUCAAGAGGUUUGCUUCGAGGGAUUUGAAAACUCCACUAGUGACGCAGGCACCAAGAUGAGAAACUUCUUCAAUGUGUCACGUGAACUUAGUAGCAAUGCAUUGAACAUUAUAACUGAGGCUAAAUCUAUGCUUCAAUACCUUGACAUCCCUGGCCUUGAUCUAAGUGCUCUUAAUGGUGGUGGUGAUGGUGGUGCUGCUCAUCGUCGACUCCUUGGCAAGGCACCUAAGGGAGUCUGGCUUGCUGGUGAGAUGCCUCCUUGGGUCACCGACCCCAAGAGAAAAAUGAUGAACGUCCCAGUUUCUCAACUUAAGCCUGAUGCUACAGUUUCUCAGUCUGGUGGUGGCCAAUAUAAGACCAUUUCUGAAGCCAUUGCCAAGGUGCCUAUGAAUAAUGCCAGCCCCUUUAUCAUCUACAUUAAGGCCGGUACUUACAAGGAGUAUAUUAACAUUGAGAAAAAACAGACUAAUGUCAUUUUGGUUGGUGAUGGACCCACUAAGACUAUCAUCACCGGGAGCAAAAACUUUGCUGCUGGAAUAAACACAUUUAAGACUGCAACAGUUGGUGUUUUGGGAGAUGGAUUCAUGGCUAGGGACCUAACCAUUGAAAACAGCUCUGGGCCAGAGGGUCACCAAGCAGUCGCGCUAAAGGUGGUGAGUGAUUUGGCCGUCCUUUACAACUGCCGUUUCACCGGAAACCAAGAUACAUUGUACGCAUUGAGAGGGCGUCAAUUUUACCGAGAUUGCACUGUCUCUGGUACAAUAGACUUUAUUUUUGGUGACGCACAAGCUGUGUUCCAGAACUGUAAGUUGAUGGUAAGGAAGCCAGGACCCAAUCAACAAUGCAUGGUCACAGCUCAGGGUAGGACUGAGGAGAAAGGUCCAGGUGCGUUUAUCUUUGAAGGUUGCACUGUCUCUAGUGAACCUGGCUACAAGGCCGUAAAGGCGAAAAACCCGGCUUAUUUAGGACGACCAUGGAAGGAAUACUCGAAAACCAUUUUCAUGUACUCAAACAUUGAUGAUACCAUUGCUCCUAAAGGUUGGACAGAAUGGCAAGGAAACUUUGCCCUUGAUACCUUAUAUUACGCUGAGUUCGAAAACAAAGGUGCAGGUGCUGAUAAAUCUCAAAGGGUUAAGUGGAAAGGAAUCAAGACUUUGAGUGCUCAAGAGGCCGAUGGUUUCACUCCUGCUAAGUUGUUUGUUAGUGGUGAUAAGUGGAUCCCUGAAUCUGGUGUGCCAUAUGCACCUGGCAAGUAUGCUGCAAGUGGUUAAAAAUUUUAAUGGACAACCAAAAAUCAAAAUAAAUAUGUGGGGAGUAAGCAAAUUGUACGUAACAAAACUAUACAGAAAAAAAAGCACAAAAAAUUGAAUUGAUUACUCAACCAUACUAGAAAUGUUUUAUUUUCCUUGCUAACAUAGAGUAAUUAUUAUGAAUAUGAUCAACUUCUUUUUUU